GUAUCUGAGGGUCAGGAGGCAGCUGCUCUUGUACUAGCUCUGCCAUGUGACGUUCCUGUUCUCAGCUCUGGGUCUAAUUUUAGAUCCUUCCCAGAGUUACGCUUCAUGAGGGAAAGCCAGUGACAAACGCAAUCAGGAUAAUGAGUUUUUAAGCAAACGGGAAUUCUUUCAACACUAUGCACAUCGGGAUUGUUAAGGAAACAAGCUUGAUGAGAAUCUAAAAACACUGUCCAGAACAAAAUGUGAAAAUAUGUUAAGGGACACAUCAUUUAAAUGGAUGAGAGUGUGCUUUAUAGGUUAUAAGACAGGCUGAGUGUGUGGAGGGUUGUCAUGACCGGCGUGACCGUGUGUUUUGGGACGGUGAACUCCAUCAAGGCUUUAUGGGAAACCAGGAUAAAGAAGACCAAGGAGGAGCUGAACAGGGAGAAAGAGCAGCGGGAGAGAGCAACUGUGGGAAGGUUGACGGGGGCAUGGGAAGAUCGGAUCACCUUGGCCAAGUUAAAGGAAAAAAUUGUGACUGAGGAUGGGAGGGUCAUCCUACGCAUUGAAAACGAAGCAUGGAAGGCUCUUCCUGCAGCCCUGGUCCAGCUCUCUCAGAUUCAGGAGUGGCAGCUUCACCGAACAGGACUUCAGAAGAUCCCACACUUCAUCGCUAGCUUUCAGAGCCUUAUAGUUCUGGACCUGUCCCGCAACGCAAUCACAGAAAUUCCUAAAGAAAUUGGUAAGCUAACCCGGUUACGAGAGCUCCUUGUGAGUUACAACAGACUGAACUAUGUACCUGAGGAGUUGUGCAGCUGUGAGUGUUUGGAGCGACUGGAACUGGCAAUGAACCGGGAUCUGGACGAGCUUCCACACCAGCUCAGCAAUCUGAAGAAACUACACCACUUGGACCUCUCGAUGAAUCAGUUCAGCACAAUCCCUGAGUGUGUGGUGAAUCUUCCUGCUCUUGAGUGGUUGGACAUGGGUGGGAACAAACUAGAAAGGUUACCAGAUGACAUCCACAGGAUGGAGAGGUUGCACACGCUGUGGCUCCAGAGAAACGAGCUGGAGUAUCUACCAGACAACAUCAGCCGCAUGCAUAACCUGGACACGCUGGUGCUCAGCAAGAACAAGCUGAGAGACAUUCCUCCACUGAUGGAGGGCAUGACCAACCUCAGGUUUGUAAAUUUCCGAGACAACCCUCUGAUAUAUGACGUGACUCUUCCUGAACUAAAAGAGGACGUGGCAGAGGAGGAGAACGAUAGAGAGAUGUUUGGCCGAGAGUUCAUGCACCAUUACAUCCACGAAGCCCGCAAAAGAGGAUCCCAAACUUAUACAUCAGUGCUAAAUGUGAAGUUGGAGGAUAUGAUAGAGGAAGUGGCGUGACUCCGUCCUGCAUGCUGCUGCUACUGGUGCUGUUGCCUCCUGUCCUGAUGAACCUGUCCUGUCCUGUCCCGUCCUGUCAAGAUGUGUUAUGCUUCAGUAGCCUAGGCCUAGUGAGAGCGGUUUUGUUCUCUGCUGCUGCCACUGUGACCCAAAAAAAGAGAAAACGAAAAAUGAGCUCAUCUUUUUUUUUUUGCUAUGUGUCUCUGUCUGAAGAGUUUGUGUUUUUAACUGGGAAGCGCAGUCAGGAGGACGUUCUCUAAAGACACGUCUCGGCUGGUGUAGUAUCUGAGGCUGGAUGUGAAGCCUUUCUGCUGGAGGUAAUGCAGCCUGCCGUGGUUGAUCAGCAUCUUGCACAGGCGUCCGACGUACUCGCGCUCCUCUGCUGAAACGGCACUACAGGGACCAGAGAACACACACGCACAGUUAGUACUGAGAACACAAAUCCCGGACAUUUAUCACCUAAAGGCCAAUUUAUGCUGACAACCCAGUCCUCGCAGAUAACGUCUGCGAAGCCCCCCCCCCCAGACGCUCUGCGCGCACCUCCCAAAAAUUGUGACCACCGCAGACAGCCUCGCAGACAAGAGGGCUCUGAUUGGUCCACUCUACAUCCGCUGUACACGCACUUCCGCUUCCCUACUUUCCCGGUUUGGUUUGUUUUCACGACUGCCAUUUUUUAAAACACGAGCGAAGAUGGAGCAGCACGAAGAGCGGUUGAUCGAGGAAGUGAGGAAGUACGUACAUCUAUAUCCUCCGGUUACUUAUAAUGACGAGAACUGGAGUCGUAAACACUCCACUAACCACACCCACCAACUACUCCUAGCGAUUUUGCGACUUCGCGCCCCCUUGUGUUGUGGCGGUGAAUAACAUCGCGCACGCCUAUUACUCCCCGCUCAACGAUAAAUUACAACUGUCUGCGAAAAGCUAUCUGCGAAAGCCUUGUCGCGAGAGCACGCAGAGGCCUUAAGGAGUAGUGUAUAGAUUCAGCAGAAACCAUACAUAAAACAGUGCUGACUUGGAUACAGUUUUGUUAAAAAUGGGAAUCAAGUUAAGGCAGCAAAGACAUUGGACCAGCCUAGAUUAGACUGGACACUUAAUUAUAGAAAGGAAAUAAAUUAGCCAUAGAGCUUUUGGCCCAAAAAUGCCAGUGCUGCCUGCAGAGAAAUGAUCAAAGAGGCACUGCUUUCUCCCUCACUAUCCCGGAUUCUCUUACUCCAUCCGUCCAUCCCCCUCUCUCAAUCUGUCUUCUCCUAUCCAUUUCUCUGUCCAUCUCUCUCGCGCUCUCUCCCUCCAUCUAUCUAUCCAACACCCAGUCUCUUCCUAUCUCACUUUCUCUCCAUCUUGCAUUCUCCUCCCCUCUAUCCAUCCAUCUCUCUCUCCCUCCUUUUCCACUAAUCACGAAACCCUUACUUGUUGAGAUGAUCAGGUACGUCUUCAGAACUCCCUUCGUGUUCACCCUCUUCUCCUUCUUCGUCUUUGACGUUCUCUUGGGAGGAGUUCUCAGGAUUUAAGGAGGAUUUGACUUUGCUCAUGCCACACGUAGCCCAGCUGGACAUGCGCUGGAAAGCUGAAAACUCUGUGGCUCCGAGACCUCGCUCUCGGAAAAAGUCCUUUCCUACAUAAUGCCUCCAGUCACAGCGAUGAUGGCAGCAGAGUGCGACAGCGAGCCCCGACACCACGACCUCCUUGCUGCUUUCAGAACCAUGCAUCACCUCCUCACUGCCUUCCUGCAGUUUUAAACGUUUAGUAGGAGGCUCAUGGUCUUUGGCACUGCGCUCAAAUAAACAUCUCAGAGCUAAAUCUGUGAAGAAUAUGCCAAAAAAAAAAAAAGACUGGUUAUAACCUAUAUGAAAACAGACAGAAGGUCAUAAUUAACCAGAAUUUACUCACCUGUUGCUGCACCACACAGAUGUUUGCCCACUGCGAUUACAGGAAGUCGUUUUUCUUGUAAAAACGGCACUCUGCCUAUUGCACGUCAAAGGAAGUGAAAAGAUUAUUACACGUGUAUUAUAUCUCAAUUUCCUAGUUUAGGUGAAAAAUUAUCACUUACUUAAGUCAAGGUGCUGAAUGUCAACCUGCAGCCUGUCGAAUGUUGAGUCUGUGUUUUUGUGUUUGCCAUCUACCUUAACA